GUUCAUAGCAAACACAACUCACAAAAGAAAUAACAAAUCCUGUUUACUUGGGCUUGUGCUGCGUUACGUUCCUAGUGAUAUAAACAUGCGCAGGCUUGCGCAAGUAGGGUGGGCGGCCUUAACCGCUUCCGCGCGACGUGCUUCUCCUGUCUCAUCCUCUAUCAACCCAGAGCUUCGGCGCAGAGCAACAAACGCAGCGACGGCAGCAGCAGAUGGCGCGGCUGCUGAAUCAAACGGAGCUCCCGGUUGGAGCCCUAUGUCAGCCGUCAUGUUCAUCCCCAGUGCUGUUUGCGGCUGCUUAGCAUACUGGCAGUAUGAGCGCAUGCAAUGGAAGGAGUCGCUCAUCCAGCGGCGACAGAGCAUCGCCGACCAGCAGCCCCGGGACAUCUUCUCCUACGAGGGCGAGGAGGAGCCGCAGGAGUACGACAAGGUGUCGGUGGCGGGGCGCUUCCUGCACGAGUACAGCCUGUUCGUGGGGCCGCGGCCGCGCAGCGUCCCGGGCCAGGGCAUCCUGCCGGGCUACCUGGUGGUGACGCCCAUGCUUGGGGAGGACAGGAAGGGUGUGGUGCUAGUCAACCGCGGCUGGGUGCCCGCCGAGUGGAAGACGGAGGCGCAGGCGGCCGCCGCCGCCACCAUCCGCGAACGCCAGGAGCGGGAGCGCGCGGAGCAGGAGGCCCGCGCCAAGGCCAUAGCAGAGGCCGCUGCGCCGCCCGCUUCCAAGAGCUGGUGGAGGCGGGCGACCAAGCCGCCAUCGGCUCGGCAGGAGCAGGCUCCUCCCCAGCAGCCAGCCAAGCCGCAGCAGCAGGAGCGGGAGGUGGUGGUGGGUGUGAUCCAACCGGAUGAGACGCCGACGCAGUUCAUGCCGGAGAAUGACGCGGACGCGGAGGAGUUCCACUACAUCCAGCGGGAGUCCAUGGCCCGCUCCCUAGGCCUCCCCGCCGACACGCCGCUCGUCAUGGUCAUCUCCUCCGACCCCGCAGC